AAUUUUUUUCCAUUUCGUUUCCUUCUCAUAAAUGUAUGAUUCUGUCGUGUGUGUUGGAAAUCGAAUUGUGUAAUAUUAUUUUACUCCGAAGUGAUUUUUGCCACUCAAAUAUUUUGUUUUCAAGCGUGAGUUAGAUCUUUACUUCCCAUUUGUCUUCAUUGUGUAUCGUCCAAGUUCCGUUGGUAAAAAAGUGAUUCAUUCAUUUCAAUAUUUAGAGUAAAUCCGAGCUCAGUUCGAUGAAUGCUGACGUUCUGCAUGUAGCUUUUUUGGCUUAGUUAGUGAAUAUGGCCUUACUCGGAAUUCUCAACAUAGUCGACCCUGCAUCGUUAUUGAUUCUUUUGGGGCUAACUUUGAUUACAUUUCUAAUCAAGUAUAUAUUGACUCAUUGUCAGAGAGAUCCUCGUAUGGUGGAAUUUGCCAAAACCUUGCCAGGCCCUCGAGGAUUACCUUUGAUUGGGAAUAGUUUGGAUUUUCAUUUCUUCACAGGAGAUUCUAUAAAGCUGGCUGUCGAAUACAAUAUAAAAUAUGGCGAUACUUAUCGAUUAUGGUUAGGCAAAUACCUUGCGGUAACUUUUUGCAACAUUGAUGAUUUAGAGACUGUGUUCAUGAACUCCAAAACGUUGGGAAAACCGAAACUCUUUCAACCAUUUGAGGAUUUAUUCGGAGAUGGAAUAUUUAUCACACGUUCUAUUGCAAAAUGGAAAAAGAACAGAAAAUGUUUUUCAUUUGUGUUAAACCGCAAAACGUUAUCCAGAUACACAUCUAUAAUUAAUGAGAGAAUUGAAUUUGUGGCCAACAAAAUGCAAGAUUUAGUCGACGGUCCGGAAUUCGACGCUGGAGAUUACAUGCCGUACUUGGCUUUUGAUAUUAUUCUCAAAUCAGCGAUGAACGUCGAUUUGGACUGGAAUGAUAGUUCAUUUCUACAGUAUUUCAAUGAAACUGCCGAAGGCAUGGGCAUAUGUUUUAAAAAGGUUGCGUGGCCUUGGUUGCAACACGAGACGGUUGAUUAUUUGUUGUACAAGAAUAAAUAUCUAAAAUAUAGAAGAAAAGCUAGAGAAUUCUUACGAAAACUGAUUGAAGACAAAAAACAUGAAAUUCUGAGUGAAAUUGAAGCUUAUGAGAAUAAUGCUGUGGCCAGCCUAGAAGAUGUUCCUCCGAAACGAUUCUUAACGUUGGUUUACGAAUUAGCAGAAUUGGAAAAUAAUGAAAAUAUCAUGUUAGAUGAACUUAUUAUGAUACUUGGAGGGGGGGCAGAUGCAGGACUCAUGAACUCAUUCUUCCUAUUGAUGGUUGCUAUGCAUCCAGAUAUACAGGAUAAAUUAUACGACGAGCUAUACGAAAUUUUUGGAGAUGGCGACAGAUUAGCAGAUGAAAAUGACGUGGAACGAUUACCAUACUUGGAUCAAGUUAUAAGAGAAACUUUGCGAAGGUUUCCAAUUCCAGUGCCUGUGAUGUUUCGAGAAGCUGGGGAAGAUAUUAAAAUAGGAGAUCGAAUCAUUCCGGCGAAUACCAUCGUACUUGUAUCGAUUUCUGCUGUACACUUUAAUCCUAAAUACUAUCCCGAUCCUUGGAAAUUCAAUCCAGAUCAUUUUAGUCCUGAAAACGUGGAAAAACGUCCCAAAUUGGCAUUUUUAGGGUUCAGUGCGGGUCCCAGAAUGUGUGUAGGCUACAAUUUUGGUUUGUUAGAAAUGAAAUUAACACUGAGUGCAUUGCUGAGAAAAUUCACGUUUCACACGCGAAUGAAAUUGGAGGAUGUUUAUAUGGAUAAUGGACUGGUACUGAAUUCCGUGAAUGGAUUCAAGUUGACUGUUGAAUCACGAAUCAGGAAACCUUCUUAUUUGAAAAAUUUGAAGAAAUAAAUUUAUUAUCGUAUCAGCUUUAAACUUUCAUAAUUGAAUGAGAUUUGUACCUAUUGGAAAAUCAAAACCCCCUUGAAAGGAUACAGCAUUGUUGGAGCAAGC